AUGUGUCAGACUUGUGAAAGGGAGGAUGAAGAGGAUUGGCAUGUUUUCUUCGAAUGUAUUACUACUAUCAAUUGUUGGAGAGAUGCAGGUUUGUCUUCUAUUAUUGAACCCCGGUUACAUACUCUGAGUGAUGCCAAAUCACUUAUUCUGGACAUUUGUAAUAAAGAGGAUAAGAGGGAUGCUGGAAGAUUUGCUGUAAUGAUGGAGGUGCUAUGGAAGAAUUGUAAUAAUGUUGUGUGGAAUAAUGAUAGAGGCGACAUACCAAGGUUAGGUUUGCAAGCCUAUUUUAAUUGGCAUGAUUGGUUUGCUGCUCGUGAGGUUCAAAAUAUUUCUAUCAGUGAUCCGAGUCCCUUAACCUGGAUCCCCCCGGCGGUGGGUUGGAUAAAAUGCAAUAUGGAUGUGGGGUUUACUUCCUCUCAUAACUCUACUAACAGGGGUUUGUGCUUCCGAAAUAGUAUUGGAAGUUUCAUUACUGCAGGUGUUGCUUGGGAUGUCGGAACUAUGUCCAUAGUCAAAGCGGAAGCCUUGGCUUUGAAAGAAGCGAUGCAACAUGCUAUUAGUUUAAAUAUGGAGUGUGUGAUAUUUGAAAGUGACUCUCAGGUGGUGGUUCAAGCAGUUAACUCUAAUGCUACAGGUUGUUCGGAGUUAAGUUUUAUUUUUCUUUCUAUUAAGCGAAUGUUAGUUUCUUUUCCUAACUUUGGGGUGAAGUUUGUAAAACGCCAAGCGAAUGUGGUUGCCCACUCGUUAACGAAGGCGGCCAAUUCUUGGUCUAGGCGUAGUUCCUUAAGUAUUAUCCCUUCUUGUAUCGAAUUUCAUUUGAUUAAUGACAUGAGUUAA